CGGGCUGUAUGCUGAGUCUUGAUUAUUCGCAAAUGGGAAGGCUGCCAUUGCACUGCCUGCAAGCCAUUUCUUUGAUGAUACCCUCUGACUGGACACGAUCUCGUGACUCGAUAGUCAUCAGGGCAUCAUUCACCGUUUAGCUUUGCUCAGCCUGCAAGACUGAUGUCAAGUAGCCUUCGUAGAACACAAGGCUGUCAGAAGAGCAGAUAUAUAGACCGAACCAGAAACGAAAACAAGUCCUUUUCUUCAGGACAACCCAAUAUAUGGCACUGCUGAUCUUGUUAGCACGAUGGCCCAUCGCCAGCGACGUUUCCCCAUGUUCCUGCGCCGUCCCUUCAAAGAAACAACCCAAAAUACCUCAAUCCCUCAUCCAGACUUAUUCAAGAACUUAGGUACCGCAUCAAAUGAUAUUCAAAGAGGUAACGCGGACCUCCCAGCGAUCGGGGAAUGUGCCGUCCAUCUCGAACUGCUCGAAGUAUUCCAUAACCUGCGUAUCCAGAUCAUCCAGUCGAAGGAGUUAGACCGCGUAUUUCGUCUCGAUUCAAGCCGAUUAUGGAUACCGAAACAUCGUAGGAAAACAAAGAGGACGGAAAAGUGGCAUCGGUUCGUGUCGCUUGCUGUUGAGAGAUUCCAGGUCUGGAUCCGUGCUGCGGAGAAGCAGCUUGAGCGUGAUGGAAACAAGAAAACGCUUAUACUUCCCCCUGUUGACAUACUCAUGGUUUGGCACGCAUUUUUGCUCAACCCAUCCGAUUACAAGGAAUUCUGUACAAGCCGUCAGCUUGAUCGAAUUCAAAGAGUGUCUUUCCCAUGGGUUGUUAUACACGACUGCAUCAACCCAACCAACUGGUCAUAUACCCUCCACAGAUCGAACAAACAAUGGCUCGAAUCUACCGCAAACAUAACAACAAACCCUCUUGUCACUCUCACAGACACCAUUAGCGGAACCCAGUCCACACCAGACCAACCAAACCAAGAAAAACAUCCAUCAAUACCUCCCGAAAACGAAGCCCUUCUACACAACGUCCUCCGCCAAAUGAACUUCAUCGACCAGAUGCACAACUGUCUAUGGAUCUCUUAUCCUGAUGCCGAGGAAAUACUAGAGACUGCUCGAAAACGCUACAACAACUUCGUCGAGUUGUUUCGUCUUCAUCCCGGCGUUAUGCUCGUUCCGACAUUGGAUAUAGAUCUAGUCUGGCAUACGCAUUUGUGUAGUACAGCGCGGUACAGGGGAUUCAUGAUGGAGAGGGUAGGGCGGUUUAUCAACCAUGACGAUAAGUUGGGGAAGGGUGCGCUGGAUGAUGGAUUUGAGAGGACAAAGGAGCUGUAUGAGGAACUGGAGAGUCGUGGGGGGGAUAAUAUGUGAGAGAUUAAUUUGGUUUUGUGUUAUAAUAUGAAUAAUGUGGGAUGAUC